AUGACCACCCCUCCUCCCGACCGCCGGCCCAUCGUCAUCUCCGGCCCCUCGGGCGUCGGCAAGGGCACACUCUACAACCUCCUCUUCGAGCGCCACCCGGACACCUUUAGCCUCUCCGUCUCCCACACCACCCGCGCCCCCCGCGACGGCGAGCGUCAUGGCCACCACUACUGGUUCGUCCCUAUGGAUGACUUUGAGAACCUCAUUGCCAACAACGGCUUCGUCGAGCACGCAAAGUUUAGCGGCAACCGCUACGGCACCAGCAGGAUGACCAUUGAGGAGCAGACCAGGAAGGGCAGGGUUGUGCUGCUGGACAUUGAGAUGGAGGGCGUCAAGCAGAUUAAGCAGUCCGACUUGUCUGCCCGCUACGUCUUCAUCGCCCCUCCGUCCCCCGAGAUUCUCGAGUCCCGCCUGAGAGGCCGAGGAACCGAAAAGGAGGAAAGCAUUCAAAGAAGACUGGACCAGGCUCGAAAUGAGCUUGAAUAUUCAAAGACACCGGGCGUGCACGACAAAAUCAUUGUCAACGACGACCUCGAAGCCGCCUACAAGGAGCUGGAAGAUUUCGUAUACGCGGCCCCGAGCUGA